UAGAGCGAUAAAGAUAAUGAGAAAUGUAAUUACGGUUAAGCCUGUCAAUCCACUUAAAUCUACAGCACUUUCAAUUCAGCUACAAGAUUUACGAUCCAAUAACAGCACAAAUGGUAAUUUGCGUGAUAGUAGGUUGGCAGAAAUUGAAAAAAUUUCUUUGAAGAUUAUCUGAACUGAGGAAGUUACCAGAAUCAUUUGUUUACUCUGGACACACAGAGACAUUGUGCAACAUUUUAUUGUGUUCACCAAAGCAAACAGGAGUCGAGAGGGGGAGGAGUAAGGCGGGGGGACGACGGGACAAGAACACAUAAAGGGAAAUUGCAUGUGCCCGUCCUGUGUUUUUAUUUCAUAUUUUCUUCAGGAACGCAAAAUGAAGCUUUUCUUCCUAAGUUGCUUGCUGGUCUCUUGCUGUUGCCAAGUUGGGGCAGUGAGCAGGGAGUACUACAUCGGCAUUAGAGAGACAGUGUGGAACUAUGCACCUGGCAACACCAACAUCAUCUCUGGGCAGCUUUUUGCAGAAGAAGAGCAGGCUGGAGUCUUUCUCAAAAACGGACCACAUAGGAUAGGAAGCACUUACAAGAAGGCUGUCUACACUCAGUACACUGAUCAUUUAUAUGAUAUAAUGGUUGACAAACCUUCCUGGCUGGGUUUCUUAGGCCCUAUCAUUAAGGGAGAAGUUGGAGAUUCUAUUAUUAUUCACUUGAAAAACUUCGCUUCCAGAAGCUACACACUGCAUCCACAUGGUGUAAGAUACACAAAGGAAAAUGAAGGUGCUUUUUAUCCCGACAACACCAAAGAUUUGCAAAAGAGAGAUGAUGCUGUUGAACCUGGCGGCCAGUACACUUACACAUGGGACGUGACGGAAGAUCAAGGUCCAGCUGAGGGAGAUGCAGACUGCAUAACCAGGGUUUACCACUCCCACAUAGAUGCUCCAAGAGAUGUUGCUUCAGGGCUUGUUGGGCCUUUAAUAAUUUGCAGGAAAGAUACAAUGAAUAAAGGCAAUGAUGAACACUUUGCUGAAUUUAUCCUUAUGUUCUCUGUGAUGGAUGAAAAUCUCAGUUGGUAUCUAGAGGAUAAUAUCAGGACAUACUGUUCUGAGCCUUCCAAAGUUGACACAGAUGACGAGGACUUCCAGGAAAGCAAUAAAAUGCACUCAAUCAAUGGGUAUAUGUAUGGAUACCUCCCAAACCUCACAAUGUGUGUGGAAGAUAAGGUAAAAUGGCAUCUUUUUGGCAUGGGUAAUGAAGCUGAUAUCCAUUCCGCCUACUUUCAUGGACAGACCUUAAUAGAAAGGCAUCAUCGAGUGGACACCAUUAACCUCUUCCCAGCCACGUUUAUUGAUGCUGUCAUGGUGCCAAGGCAUUCUGGGGAAUGGCUGCUCAGCUGCCAGGUGAACGACCAUAUCGAAGGUGGUAUGCAGGCCCUUUUUAAAGUAAAAGAUUGUAGGAAAUCCACAACAGAUCACAAUGAGAGUACAAAGAUAAGACAGUACUUCAUUGCUGCUGAAGAGAUCAUCUGGAAUUAUGGCCCAUCUGCAAUGAACCAUUUUACAGGACAAGAAUUAACUGCUGACAGUGAAUCUCGCAUCUUUUUUGAACAAAGUGAGACAAGAAUUGGUGGCUCUUAUAAAAAAGCCAUUUACAAAGAAUACACUGAUGGUUCUUUCACUGAACAUAAAAAAAGACUCACAGAGGAAGCACAUCUUGGACUCUUAGGACCUGUUAUCAAGGCUGAAGUGGGCGAGAGCAUCAGAGUGACCUUCCGAAACAAUGCCAGCCAUCCAUUUAGCAUUCAGCCCCACGGCGUGAGUUACCACAAGAGUGAUGAGGGGGCGUCCUACGGUGCUGCCUCCAGAGGUAUGGAAUCUCCAGCCUCUCAUGUGAGUCCUGGUGCUACAUUUACGUAUGAGUGGAAUGUGCCAGAAGAUGUGGGCCCCACAGACCAAGAUCCAGACUGUUUGACGUGGCUUUAUUACUCAGCUGUGGAUGCAGUCAGAGAUACCAGUUCUGGCCUCGUGGGUCCUCUCCUGGUGUGCAGAAAAGGAGCGCUGCUUCCUUCUGGGCAACAGAAAAAUGUGAACAUCGAAUUUUUUUUACUUGCCACAGUAUUUGAUGAGAAUCUGAGCUGGUACUUGGAUGACAAUAUUUUGAUGUUUACACUGAAUCCUAAUAAAAUCGACAAAGAUGAUGAGGACUUCCAGGAAUCUAACAAAAUGCACUCCAUUAAUGGUUAUAUGUACGGAAAUCAGCCUGGUCUGGAGAUGUGUAAAGGAAGUGUGGUUUCCUGGCAUUUGAUGGGCUUGGGGUCAGAAGUCGAUGUCCAUGGGAUAUACUUUUCAGAAAACACAUUCGUAACUAAAGGAACGAGAAGGGAUACAGCAAAUUUGUUUCCACAUACAUUUCUUACAGCUAUUAUGAAGCCUGAUUCUGAAGGAGUUUUUGAAGUGUCGUGCCUGACAACAGAUCACUACACAGGGGGCAUGAAACAGAACUACAAAGUGAAACAGUGCCAUUGGUGGAAUGUGGAUCUAUCUAUGUAUUUGCAUGAAAAGACUUACUAUAUUGCUGCAGUGGAAGUCGAGUGGGACUAUUCUCCUAACAGGACAUGGGAAUUUGAGCGGCAUCAACACCACGAGGAAAGCCCUGGCAAUCCAUUUUUAAAUAAAGAAGACAAAUUCAUUGGCUCAAAAUACAAAAAAGUAGUAUAUCGUGAAUACACCGAUCAGACGUUCAGUACUCCCAAAAACAGAGCAGAGCAGCAGCAGCACCUGGAAAUUCAAGGGCCACUGCUUAUGUCAAAUAUGGGAGAUAAAGUUACCAUAGUUUUUAAGAACUUGGCAUCAAGACCUUAUUCUAUACACGCCCAUGGAGUGAAAACAGACAGUUCUGUUGUAGCUGUAACUAACCCAGGUGAAACAAAAAUGUAUGUCUGGAAAAUACCAGAGAGAUCUAGUUCUGAGAGAGGAGAUCCACAGUGUAUUGCAUGGGCAUACCACUCAACAGUGGACAUCAUUAAGGACACUUACAGUGGACUAAUAGGCACGCUUCUUGUGUGUCAUAAGCAUUAUUUGCCAUCAUUUCAUACUGAAAAAAAAGUUCAGUUUGCUCUUCUUUUUAUGGUUUUUGAUGAAAAUGAGUCAUGGUAUUUGGAUGAAAACAUAAAAACCUAUUCUACCAACCCACACCUUGUUGACAAAGAAGAUGAGGAAUUCCUUGAAAGUAAUAAAAUGCACGCCAUUAACGGAAAGGUGUUUGGAAAUCUACAUGGUCUGACUAUGCACGUGGGAGAUCAUGUCAGCUGGUAUUUGGUGGCAAUGGGCAAUGAGAUUGACAUUCACACAGCCCACUUCCACGGCCACAGCUUUGAGUACAAGCAAACAGGGGUUUACCGGGCAGACGUCUUUGAUUUGUUCCCUGGGACAUUUCAAACUGUGGAAAUGACCCCACAGAACCCUGGAACGUGGCUCUUGCACUGUCAUGUUACCGACCACAUCCAUGCAGGCAUGGAAGCAACCUACACUGUGCUCCCGAAAGAAGACAAAAAGGCCUCUUUGUUUCCAAGAUUGUUCAAUCAGUUCAAGUGUAAAGGUACAGCAGGCACACUAGAAUGAUGAAAACAUUUCACCACAGUGAUUCUCCAAGCUCUACCUUCAGUGAAGCCUUUCUUGAGAAAUACUAUUUCCUGGACGAUUCAUCUCCACCUGUGUUCUGGAAGAUUUCACUUGGUGGUCCACGGCUAACAAGAGGGCGUUGACUAAGACAGCUGAAUGGAUAUAACGGCUUAGGAUACCUUUUUCUCUAAAUAAAAAAAAGUAGUAUCUUGCAAGCUAAGCAUAUUCUAGGUGAUGCCUAAUGCAUGUUAUUUAAUUGCUGAGGAACAUGGAAGAGCCAAACGUACUUUUGUAAAAAAAUUUGUAAAUAACACUGCGUAACAGCAAAAUUUGUUUUAGGUAUCUGCUAUCGCAUUUUACUUUAGUUAUUGCUUGGGAAACAGGAAUUUGGUUAUUACUUUUUACAUAGGUUCAUAUUUAAAAUAUAUAUAAAGUCAUAACUGAACAGCUAACAAAAUAGUUCUAUUAAUUCUGUUGCAAUUAUUUUAUGAUUUUAUCCAGUAGCAUCUUUCAAGAUAGUGAAUUUAAAAGAUGCAAUGGCUGAGGGAUCAUAGUUGCACAAGACGUUUUUGUUUUUCUGUUAUGAAAAUAAUUGCAAGACAAAGUUAUGCUGAAAUAAGCCUGAUGACACUCAGACAGUAAAGGGCAAAAUUUGGUGACUACCUAAGAAAGAGCUUUGCUCUCAUGAAUCUUAAACAACUCCUGCAGUAGAAUCAUUUUGAUGUUAGUUGUGCAGUUAAGACCUAGCAUUAAGACUAAUGAAGAUAUUAAGCAUUUCUUGACAGAUGGAAGCAGCAGUAUUAGAGCACAACUGAUGCUGGUCAAAAAUGAAAGCGGUAAGAGCAGGUGCCAUCCACGUGCCAUCGUGUUUUAACAACCCAACUCCACAUACGUUGGACCUCUGUCAAACACAAAGGAAGGAUGUAUGGGACUGGCAGGCAAAGCAGAACACCUGGGCUUUACAACUGCCAGAACAAAGGAAAUUGCUUCUCUGUCACAAGACUAAACUACUUUGGCCUUUCUUAAGGUAGAAAGAUUCUACUGAAACCAGCAUAAUCCCUACUAGUAAAUUAGAUUGUUGAUUUUGGCUGUAACAGGAAUGCUACACAGAUAAGUUUAAAAAUAGUUUAAAAAUAUACUUUAUUUGCAAUGUAGAUGACCUCUUCUGACUGACUUCUACAGGUUUAAGUACCAUUACAGCUUCAGGGAAAAUUGAUUUGAUAGAGUCAACAUCAGCUAAUUAGGCCUUUAGACGGUCAUGGGAUUGUGGACUCAUUGAUUUAUUUGUGGUAGAUUCUCAAAAAAACCCAAACUGCAUUCAUAAGAAAGCCAUAAACAUUGUGACAGUUUAUUAUGAUUGAAUUCCAGCUGAAGGAACAAAAGGAUGUUUUCUGCCCAAAAGAAAGGCAAACCAGUACAUAUACGCACAAGUACCUGAGAUGCUUACCAAAAAACCUAGAAGAUAUUUCAAAUACUUCUCUACUGACUGAGUACAACAGGAGAAGAAA